CGCGCGCACCACGUUCGCGUUUCCCUGGAUUCCAAGUUGCGCGCUGCCCUUGCACUCUAUCACCUAUGUGUUACGCCUGAUUCUAUUGACCCUUGCAGAUUGUAAAUAUUUCAUUCCCUCCUAGGACCUGCAAUCCGUUCCCUAUGGCGCCUCCAGUCUCUUUCACGAAGUGUACGCUCUCCUAUCCCAUUGUCGCAGCCGCAUUCGACCCCUACCGGAACUAUUUAGUCGUUGGUGGAGGUGGUGGAGCUGGAAGAAGCGGCGUCAAAAACAAAAUUGUAUGCAUGACUGCCCUUGAUGUCUCGUCACGUUCCGAAAUCACGACUGCUGCUGAAAUAGAACUUUCAACAGACGAAGACUCAGUAACUUCUCUUGCAAAUCUCGCUCAGAAGGAUAGCAUCAUUACGUUUGCCGGCAUAAACUCCUCAGAUGCAGAGCUCAAGGCGUCUAGAAAUACGCAUUUCCGAUCCUUCGAGAUCAAAUUGCCGAAAAAGAAGUCAGAGGUUACCGAAAGGAUACAAGGAGAGAUACAGCUUCUUGGACAGGCACGCCUUUUCACGCCACCAAAAAAGGAUACAGUCAAGUCGGAAGCAUAUCAACGUGUACUCCGUCUUUCUCGGCCUAGGAAGAAUGCGACCAGCACAAAGCGGAUCGGUGCAAUCGCUUCUGGCCUCGCAGGACAAGAGCAUGAAGUUGUCAUAUUUGAUGCGACUGUAGCGCAGCCCUCGGAGGGGCAGGUCAUCCAGCGCAUCACACCUGUUGAAGGUGUAGAAGCUAAUGAUAUCGACAUACUCGAGAGCGACAACGGUGGCUUCAACGUUGCAUACUGCACAGACCAGGAGGUUUUCAUUUCGGAGGUGAAAUACGACUUCGAGAAGAAGGAAGCUAUUGGAACGCCAAAGACUCCCAGGGCGGUCUUCUCGCUGCCAUCUCCAGACACAUUUGAAGGCAAGGUUCGGCCUCGGCUUCGUUCAUUGAGGUGGCUUAGUCCCUCACAUAUACUCCUGCUGGUGAACCUUCCAAAACAGUCGGGUGUAGAGCUUCGUGUGCUGAAGCUCUACUCCACGCGUUCGGCUGGUACAAUCGUAUCCACGAAGAAGCUCGCAAGACAUGUCAAGGCUGCUGUUGACAUGGAUAUUAGCGAACUCAACCCCGAUGAAAAGGGGGCUAGGCAAAUAGCCAUUGCUGUCGCCGGGAAUGAUAUCUCUAUCAGCAUGUUUACUAUAGACUACCGAGGACCUGAGAAGGAGUCAUUCAGCAGCUUACACAAUUUCACAGUCCUCCGCGACGUCCAUCCCACGUCAAUAACGAAAGUGGUGCUCUCACCCUUUCACUCGCCAUGGACCUCUAGUUCAAGUACACCAGACUCAGAUAGGAGGACUUCACCAACCGCGCAGUAUCUACGAGUGGCAUCGACCUCAUUUGGGAAUACUGUUGUGGUCGACACCUUUUCGCUCAUACCACUACAAGCUAAAAAACAUGGCUCACCAUACGUCCUCUACACUGGUGCUAGCAACCUCUUAGAACAAGGAGCCGGUCUUUUCGUGCUGGGCUUCGCCUUCCUUGUCAGCCUCUUACUCCUCCAGUCGUAUAUCAACGCGAAGGGCGGUCAAGAAAUCCGGAUAUUCCCACAACAAGUUCUUGAUAUCAUGUCAAACCUGCGACCUGCUGGUGAUAGAUUUCAUCCAUCAAAUCAGCCUGUGCAGCAGCAGGUCAUUCCUGGUGUUGAUGAUAUUCCGAUUGCUAAAAUCCGUCACAGCCUUCGCGACCUCCUACCGCAUCGCCGAGCGAAGGACCUUGACGAGCAUCUCGAAGACAAAGCCAUUGUGGUCACCAGCUCCGAAGACGAGCCUCAUAAGGUCGAUACCGAUAUUCACCAUGACUUGGAAGAGCUCGCAGCAAACGAGAACUUGAAGAAGUGGGAAGAUUUGAGCAAGCAUGAGAAGGAAAUCUGGAAGAAUCGCCUGUCCAAGGCUGGUCAGUGGGCGGCGAAUGAGGGCGAGACUGUUCUGAAAGGUGUCUUCUUUGGUGAGCUCGCAGGUAUGGUCGGCAGGGCCGCUGCAGAAGCGAUACACGGAUGAGAUUGACUCGGUGUGAGUCUUAUGUAAUUGGAAAUGAUGAUGCCGUACCGUUCUUGUGCAUGUUUUCCUUGGCUAGCCGUGAUGCUGCGCUCGCUGUGGCGUGUUCACGUCAGAAGUCUUUGUCGAUUCAUAUGGUAUUGAUACACGCUAAUGAUAUAUAUACAACAGAGCAAGAUAUGCACACGAGACAGGAAACUCCUCUACUGGAGAUAAAUACAGACACGCUUCGUUAAACAUAAAUCUAUGGGGUAUCUUUGAAACCUUCUGAAGUCAUGUACGUC